AUGAGCUCACCAAGGUGGCGCAUUGCCAUCGGCUGCGACGACGCGGGCGUGAACUACAAGAACAAGAUCAAAGAAGACUUCUCCAAAGACGAGCGGGUGGUCUCGGUCAUCGACGUCGGCACGGACGACAAGACGGCGUACCCGCACAUCGCCGCGGCGGCGGCCAAGCUCGUGGCGUCGGGGCAGUGUGACCGGGCGCUGCUGAUCUGCGGCACGGGGCUCGGCGUGGCCAUCUCGGCCAACAAGAUCAAGGGCAUCCGGGCGGUCACGGCGCACGACAGCUUCUCGGUCGAGCGCGCAGUGCUGAGCAACAACGCGCAGGUGCUGUGCAUGGGCGAGCGCGUCAUCGGCCUCGAGCUCGCGCGCCGGCUGGCCAAGGAGUGGCUGGGCUACGUCUUCGACGAGAGCAGUCCCAGCGCGGCCAAGGUGGCCGCCAUCCACCAGUACGAGGAGGGCGAGGGCGGGUUGUCGGGGCAGGGCGAGGAGGUGAAGGGGUGUUGA